CAGGAAUUCUGGGAGUUCACGAGUCAUAAAAGAGCCAAGGUUGCCUACCCUUGCCCUGGAGAGAAAAGGUCGGUAAAUGUCGAUCAAAAAGAAAAAAAAAACCGGGCAAACGCCUCAGGAUGGAGAUCGGACAAGCGUGUUUUUCAGCCUUAUGCCGCUCGAUGGCGCUCUAAAGAUCAACAAGAGCCGCCACUAGAAAAGAGCAUUAGAUUGCUAGAGAGGACGUCGGAGGAGAGGAGAAGCGUAGAGGAACUUCCUCUUCCGGCUCACCCAUGGGAGGAUAGACGCGUGGAGGGCGGUUCUCGUGCUCUUCCCGGGGUCGAAGCAGCAACUGGAAGAUGAAGAGGAUGCCAAGAACAACAUUCUGGACAAGUGAGAAUCAAAAAGAGCAUUAAAGGAGAAAGCAAAUCCAGCCAGUGAUCAAACUUUUUUUACCUUCUUCUCCAGAAAAAAACGAAGCACUCCACGAAAAGGUCAAGGGGGGGAUCAUAUCCAAAUUCAGAAAAAAAGAUGGAAAUAUCUGGAAAUCAGUGGGGAGGCAGCUUUCACAUGGAUAGCCACAUAGGGCAGGCAGUCAUGCAAGCUUUGCCCUUUGAAGAUGAACAAAAGAGUAUUUUGAAUCAAAGCACUGUGCAAGAAAAGAUUGAAAAUAUUUUUGAUCUUCCAAAUCCAGGAAUAUUAGUGGUGGAAAAGCCCAGCAGAUCUACAUACGAGAAAAGCAUAGAUUGCAGAUCACAACUGAUUACGCCUGAAGGGAUGCACACCGGAGAGAAACCUAAUGAAUGUUCUGAGUGUGGAAAGCUAUUUUGCUACGGCUCCCAUCCUUUUGAGGAUAAUAGGACCUACAACGAGGGGAAUCCAUACCAGUGCUCUGAAUGUGAUAAGAGUUUUCACAAGAACACACCCCUAAUGAUACACCAUAAGACACACACAGGAGGGAAACCAUAUGAGUGUAUGGAUUGUGGGAAGCAUUUUACUUACAAUUCCCACCUGGUGAAACACCAGAGAACUCACACCGGGGAGAAACCUUAUGAGUGUCCAGAUUGUAGGAAAAGGUUCCGUACUAAUUCACACCUGGUGGCGCACAAGAGGAUUCACACAGGGGAGAAACCAUAUCAGUGUCUGGAUUGUGGGAAAAGUUUCAGUCGGAAUUCCCAACUAGUAAUCCACCGGAGGACACACACAGGAGAGAAUCUAUAUGAGUGUCUGGACUGUGGGAAAAGUUUCAGUCAGAAUUCCCAUCUGGUGGUACACCAGAGGACACACACAGGAGAGAAACCGUAUGAAUGUCCAUAUUGUGGGAAACAUUUCAGUUACAGUUCCAACCUGGCAGCACACCAGAGGAUUCACACCGGAGAGAAAUCGAAUGAGUGUCCGGAUUGUGGGAAAAGUUUCAGUCGGAAUUCCUACCUCGUGAUACACCACAGGACUCAUACUGGGGAGAAACCGUAUGAGUGUCCAGAUUGUGGAAAAAGUUUUAUUCACAGUUCUGAACUGGUGAGACACCAGAGGACGCACACGGGAGAGAAACCAUAUGAAUGUCCAGACUGCGGGAAAACUUUCAGUCAGAGUUCCAGCCUGGUGUCACACAAGAGAACUCACACUGGGGAAAAACCAUUUGAGUGUCCAGAUUGUGGGAAAACUUUCAGUCAGAGUUGUUACCUGGUUAUACAUGAGAGGACUCACACAGGGGAGAAACCAUAUGAGUGUCUAUAUUGUGGGAAAAGUUUCAUUCGGAAUUACUCCUUAGUGAUACACCAGAGGACUCACACAGGGGAGAAACCGUACGAGUGUAUUGAUUGUGGGAAAAGUUUCCGUCUUAAUUCCCACCUGGUUGUCCAUCAGAGGACUCAUUCUGAGAAGAAACCAUAUGAGUGUCAGGAUUGUGGGGAAAGUUUCACUCAGAAUUGCCUUUUGGUGUACCACCAAAGGCGACACACAGGAGAGAAACCUUAUGAGUGCCCAGAUUGUGGGAAAAGUUUCAGUAACAAUUCCCACCUGGUGGUGCACCAGAGUAUUCACACAGGAGAGAAACCGUAUGAGUGCCAGGAUUGUGGCAAAACUUUUAGUCGCAAUUCUCACCUGCUGAUACAUCAGAGGUCUCACACAGGAGAGAAACCGUAUGUGUGUCAGGAGUGUGGGAAAACUUUCAGUCGGAAUUCCCACAUGGUGAUACACCAAAGGACUCACACGGGAGAGAAACCAUACGAGUGUCCUGAUUGUGGGAAAGGGUUCGCCACUAAGUCUAAACUUGUAAUUCAUGUAGCUUUACACAUUGGGGAGAAACCUUUCAAAUGCCCAGAGUGUGGACGUUGCUUCACACAAAAUUCCUCCCUUACUGCACACAAGAAAAUCCACACAGGGGAGAAACCAUAUGAGUGUCUGGAUUGUGGGAAAAGAUUCAGUCAGAAUUCCCAUCUGAUGAGCCACCACAAGACUCACACUGGGGAGAAACCAUACGAGUGUCCAGAUUGUGGGAAAAGUUUCAGUCACAAUUCUGACUUGGUGGUACAUCAGAGGACACACACAGGAGAGAAACCAUAUGAGUGUACAGACUGUGGCAAAGGUUUCAGUCACAGUUCAAACCUGGUGAUACACAAGAGGACUCAUACUGGGGAGAAACCAUAUGAAUGUCUGGAUUGUGGGAAAAGUUUCAGUCAGAAUUAUGCCCUGGUGAUACACAAGAGGACUCAUACUGGGGAAAAACCAUAUCAAUGUUUAGAUUGUGGGAAAAGUUUCAGUCAGAAUUCCCACCUGGUGAUACACCAGAGGACUCACACUGGGGAGAAACCGUAUGAGUGUCCAGAUUGUGGAAAAAGUUUCAGUCACAAUUCUGAUCUUGUGGUACAUCAGAGGACACAUACUGGAGAGAAACCAUACAAGUGUCCCAACUGUGAAAAAACGUUCAGUCAUAGUUCAAACCUGGUGAUACAUAAGAGGACUCACACUGGGGAGAAACUGUAUGAAUGUCUUGAUUGUGGGAAAAGUUUCAAUCACAAUUCUGAUCUGGUAUUACAUCAGAAAACACAUAUAGGAGAGAAACCAUGUGAGAGUCAGGAAUGUGGUAAAACUUUCAGUCAGAAUUACCACUUGGAGAGCCACCAGAUGUCUCACACUGAGGAAAAAACAUAUGAGAGUCUGGAUUGUGGGAAAAGAUUCAGUCAGAAUUCUGAUGUUGUGAUAUACCAGAAGAUUCACACUGAAGAGAAGCUAUACAAGUGUCCAGAUUUCACUCAGGAUUCCCACCUGGUGACACAUCAGAGGUCUCACACUCAGAAGGCACCAUAUAAGUGUACAGAUUGCGAGAAACACUUCAUUCAAAAUUCCAACCUGGUUGUACAUCAAAGGACACACAUAAGACAGAAACUGUAUGAGUGUCAGGAGUGUGGCAAAAUCUUCAGUCACAAUUGCCACCUGGUGAUACACCAGAGGACUCACACUGGGGAGAAACCGUUUGAGUGUCCAGAUUGUGGGAAAAGUUUCAGUCGUAAUUCCUACCUGAUGAUACACCAGAGAACACACACAGGAGAGAAACCAUAUGAGUGUUCAAAUUGUGGGAAAAGUUUCAGACAGAAUUAUGAUCUGGUAAUACACCAGAGGACUCACACUGGGGAAAAACCAUAUGAGUGUCUGGAUUGUGGGAAAUGUUUCCGUCGGAAUUCUCACUUGGUGAUACACCACAGGACUCACACAGGGGAGAAAUCAUACAAGUGUCUGGAAUGUGGGAAAAACUUUAGUCGAAAUUCUGAGCUGGUUAUACAUCAAAGGAUUCACACAGGGGAGAAACGGUAUGAAUGUCUGGAUUGUGGGAAAAGUUUCAGUCAAAAUUAUACAUUGGUGAUACACCAGAGGACUCACACUGGGGAGAAACCAUACGAGUGUCCUAAUUGUGGGAAAACUUUCAGUCGGAAUUCUGAGUUGGUGAUACAUCAUAGGACUCACACAGGGGAGAAACCAUAUGAAUGUCCGGAUUGUGGGAAAAGUUUUAGUACUAGGCCUAAACUUAUAAAUCAUGUAGGUUUACACAUUGGGGAGAAACCUUUCAAAUGUCCAGAGUGCGGACGGUGCUUCAUACAAAAUUCCUCCCUUACUGCACAUAAGAAAAUCCAUAUGAAGCAGAAGGUGAAUGUAGGGAAGGCUUGAAUUUCAUUGCUGCCUUUAGACGUAUGGCUGAGAAAUUAACUAAUUUCUGGGCUUGUUCAUUUAGUCAAAUGUGCUUCAGUAUUAGAGAUAAGGGAGAAAAGAAAACUUGUUAGUUUUCUAAGGGCUAAUUUCCCGUAUCUGGCUAUCAGCAAAAGUUACUGGAUAUUCACUUGUUCAGAAAUUGUGCAAUUCUGCAAAAAAAACCAAAAACCUAUUAGGGUAUUUUUUGCUUAUUGAUAAUCAUGCAUAAUAGAAAUACCACAAAUAGA